AAUAGUUUUAAUAGCACUUCCAUGUUCAGUACGACGAAGAGAAACCAUACACGACGUUUUUCUUUGCGCUGGAUAUAAAGAGGGAGGUCGGGAUUCUUGUCAGGGAGACUCCGGCGGACCACUUACGCUGUCUGUUGAAGGCAGACACGUUCUCAUCGGUUUGGUUUCCUGGGGAAUCGGAUGUGGUCGUGAACAUUUACCUGGUGUCUAUACAAACAUUCAAAAGUUCGUUCCGUGGAUCGAUAAAGUAAUGAGCUAAACGAAGAGAGACGACGGUGCAUUUGUGUUUGACUGAUAUGACGUCGAUUUUUUGAAUGAGAAUACAUGGAAGAAUUUAUACGACGUCGGGUCAAUUAAUCGACGCGCGACAAUGAUUACUCGCAAAGUUACCAAAGUUUACGGGAGUUUAUUGAAGCUUGCUUUUUCCUUUUUCGCCGACCUGAAGACAUUACAGAGAGCUUCGAUGACUCCGACACUAAUUGAAUAUCUAAUGUGCGUGAAGGUACCUAUAGGAUUUCCAGUAAAUUCAUGUAGAUAUACUGGAAUUUGCAUCUGAUGACUGUUGAAUCGGUCUUGUGUGUAUAGAAGGACGACAUUCUGAACGUGAAAGCGACUGUACUCAUUCGAUGACCACUGUUAAAUAUACUGAUUAACUGUGCGAA